UUUUUUAUCUCUAAACCAAUGAAAACAGACUUAAGAAUACACAGUACGGCUGAGGUUUCAAAAUGGCUGAAUCUGGAGGAUCAUUGUUCAAAAAAAGAACAAAACAACAAAUUUCUCGACGGAAAGCCAAAAGUGAAUCAGAAAGCAGCAAUUCAGAUGAGGAGGGAAAUGUUGCCGUCAAGAAAGCAAAAAAGUCUAAACACAAUCCCAUGGUUCAAGGGACAAAGGGAUUUCAUAGAAAACAUGAGGUGGAUUACAGCGGAAGUGAGAGUGAGGAUGAAAACAAAAUUUCAGUCAGCUACAAAUCAAGUAGGACGGGGAAGCGAGCUGGGCCUGAUGACAUGGGAGCUACAGCGACGGUUGAAAUUGACACAGAAAAAGACCGAGAUGCGCAAGCCAUAUUUGAAAAAUCUCAGGAAAUUAACAAGGCCCUUAAAGGAAUGGAAGAUGACAAGAUAUAUAGGGGUAUUAAUAACUACGCUCCAAUCAUAGAGAAAAAAGAUACAGCACAGGGUAAUGCCUCCAGUGGAAUGGUCAGGAAGGGCCCCGUGAGAGCACCUGCUCACCUGAGAGCCACGGUGAGGUGGGACUACCAGCCUGACAUCUGUAAAGAUUACAAGGAAACCGGCUUCUGUGGAUUUGGAGACAGCUGUAAAUUUUUACACGACAGGAGUGAUUACAAACAUGGCUGGCAGCUGGAGAGAGAGAUGGAUGAGGGAAGAUACGGGAAAAGUGAUGAAGGGAACUAUGAGAUCAGUAGUGAUGAGGAUGAGAUGCCGUUUAAGUGUUUUAUCUGUCGAGAGUACUUCACUAAUCCAGUGGUUACAAAAUGUAAGCACUAUUUUUGUGAGAAGUGUGCACUAAGUCAGUACAAGAAAUCCAAGAGGUGUUUUGUGUGUAAUGAACAAACAAUGGGAGUCUUCAACCCAGCUAAAGAGCUGAUGGCAAAGAUAAAGAAAGCCAAAGAAACCAAAGAAUCACAGGAUUCUGAUGUCGAGGAUACGGGGGGUGGGGGAAGUGAGGAAGAAGACUGAUUUAGAGGGAGGGGUGUGUGAGGAGGAGGACUGAUUUAGGGGGAGGGGUGUAAAUAGAAAGACUGAGAGUGAAGUGGAAAGGAAGAUUGAUUGGAGGGAGGUGAGUAGGACUGAGGAAGAAAUGAAGAAAGGACUGAGGGGAGGGGAAAGUAAAGGGGACUGUUGUUUUAGGGGUUUAAAGAAAAAGACUAAGUGGGAAGGGCAUUAAAAGAAGGACUGAAAGGGAAAGUGAAAAGAAUGAACUAAGGGGUAGGGGAAUAAAGAAGAUGACUGAUUAGAAAGGGAGGGGGUAGUGAACUAAAGGUGGAGGACUAUGUGAAAUGAAGAGGCAGCGGGACAGAACAGGAAGAAAACAAGAGGCAGUGGAUGUGUAGACCCAGUGUUACCGAGACACAUUGAAUUAUUGAACAGAUGAUAUUUAUUCAUGAUGUAAAACAUCAAUAUUUACCAACCCGGAUAAUUAAAAUGCUCAAUAAAAGACACAAAGGUG